CGCCCGGUUGUCUAGACGAACGGGUGCACCGACUCCCUGGGAGGAUAAUAACUAUGAGUGCAAAAGCAAGACGCCCACUUUCCUGUUCCGUCGCCUUUUCACCCCCUCGGGAAGAUCAAAGUGCCUUUAGCCCAAGCAUGGCCUUGAGCGACUUCAUCACACCUGCAUGAGGUCACAAGCAGUCACUAGCGCAGGGAGGUGAGGCGAGUUCUGAGUGAAAGAAAUGGGGCGGGGCUGAGGCCAAGGAGAGGUUGGACUGUGUCUAGCAUGCUCCUGACGCAGAAGGUUUUGAAACUUUUUUCACCUCGUCCGAAAUGGCUGCCUCCCAGUGUCUCUGCUGCUCAAAAUUUCUCCUCCAGAACUGGGAAAGCCAGAUUUGUUGACUUUUUUGAAGAACAUGGAACAGCCAAGUAAGGAUUUCUGUCACUCUCAUAAGAAAUCUUCAAACGGCUCAACCUACUCAGCAUCAAGUUACUCUUCUUCAGGAAAGAGACAGAACCUCACCUGUUUCCUCACAAACCCACACUGUGGCAGCCUCAUUAAUGCAGAUGGCCAUGGUGAAGUGUGGACAGAUUGGAAUAAUAUGUCCAAGUUUUCCCAGUAUGGAUGGAGAUGCACCACUAAUGAGAAUACCUAUUCAAACCGUACCCUGAUGGGCAACUGGAACCAGGAAAGGUAUGACCUGAGGAAUAUCGUGCAGCCCAAACCCUUGCCUUCCCAGUUUGGACACUACUUUGAAACAACAUAUGAUACAAGCUACAACAACAAAAUGCCACUUUCAACACAUAGAUUUAAGCGAGAGCCUCACUGGUUCCCAGGACAUCAACCUGAACUGGAUCCUCCCCGAUACAAAUGCACAGAAAAGUCAACUUACAUGAAUAGCUAUUCAAAGCCUUAAAUUGGGCAUCACUCAGGAUAUGUAUAAGAUCUUAAUAUUGACUAAUUUCGCAUCCAGGUUUCUAAGAAAUGAUAAGAUAUUUCACUUUUCCAGAGUAAAAUGUAGGAGGGAGCACAUUCUAAGUGCACCUAAAAAUUUAGCUCACUGUAACACAGUUUCACUCUCUGAAUAAAUAAAGCAAAAGACACAG